CGCCCUUGCGCGGCCCGACGCGAUCGAUCCAAACGCGACUUCAAAUCGUCGAGACUGCGUCUCCCGCUGCGUCUCCCGUCGAGUUCUCCGCCACCCUGCUGUACGCGAAUGUUUCAUGCACUUCUGCGGCUCUCGCUCUGCACUGCAAGGACCCUGGGCCCAUGUACGCGAUUCGUCAAGCCGUUGGAUUGUGGGUUCUUGCGCGACGGUGUGGUGUGUGUUGCCGGUGGAUGUGUUUGAGGGAGGACGCGAUGCGCGAAGUGUACAGUACCCUAGGUAUCAGCUGAGUACCCGCCGUAUGUUCUUCUGAGUAUAUAUACUCGUUGCAAACACGCUAUUAUCCUGUUCGACUGGACUUGAUGCCUGCCGACUGCACUUGCGGCGACCCUCUGGACUGCCGCUGCCGCGUCUCGAGUGCGAGUUCAUCAUUCCUCUCUCAGCCAUCCUAUACCACGCAGAGCCAAGGUACUCUCCCACCACAGCACUUCCAGCAGUUUCACUCGCCACCAGGCUAUCCUCCAUCAUCUGGCUACCCGCAAAACUACGUCCAUCCUUAUGCAGCUCAUCAAGGGACUGGGCCAACUGCGGCGGUCACAGACGGUGGUGCACCCUUCUAUGCAUAUCCCGGGUACGGUUAUCACGCUUUCCCACCUCCUCCACCCUUUCCGCCGCAAGCUACUUCGUAUGUCCCGUUCCCGCAGGUGCCGCCUGAUAGUUCCGGGCCGCCACCGGCAGCUGCAACAAACACCAAGUCAAAAGGUACUCGCGGCGGUACGUCAACACGGAAGCGCAAGAGCACGACCACUGCUACGAACGAUGUGAACAAACGGACGUGUACGAUGAAUGUCGCGCCCGAGUCGUCAGCGACUUUGGGCCCGGGUACUGCUGCAAGCAGCUCUAACGUGGACGGCAGUCAGGUCCGAACCGCUACGCAUUGCGGCGUCGGCCCGGUUGAUGGAGGGUUGGAGUCGAGCGAGCCCUCUGCUGAGGGUUCGGCAUCCUCGUGGAGCUUGGGCAACAUUGGUCCAACCGCAGUCAACUCACCGUUGACGACCUUUGGCCUCAACUCACGGAAAAGGGAUGACACUAACAGUGCAACAGCCACUGAUGUAUGGUUUUUCUGCCGUGAGCUCAAGGUCAAUGCAAGGCCUGAGACAAAGCCUGAGAACGAGCAGCCGUUGCAUCAGAAGCCGAAGACUGAAUUCAUUGGUUGUCGGCUCUGCGAGUAUCCGAAGUGGCAAACCUGGCGCAAUACCAACGGAAUUACGACCACCGUGCGGCGGCAUCUUGAGCGUAUGCACGGUGAUCUCUACGGCCCGACCGUUAAGACCUUGGGUCUCAAGCAUGCAAACGAUCACCAACAUUCCAAAUCGGGCAAAGUAGAUGAAGCGGAGGUGUUCUCCGUUGGUGAAUGGGUCAAGAAGCUUGUACGUUUCAUUGUCGUCGAUGAUCAGGCCAUCAGUCUCGUUGAUUGCCCAGAAUUCCGCGAACUCCUUCUCUUCGGACCAGGGCCAGACAAAUUGACAGACACUGAUAUUCCUCACCGUGACAAGCUUAAGGACGAGAUUGUCAAGAUGUACAGAGAAAUAUACAGUAGAAUUGUUCUUGAUGCACAGGUAAGCUCUGAUCUACAUUCCGUGCUAUAGUCGUGUUGCAUCAUUGAAUAUAGAACGCUCUCGGUCGCGUGUCAUUCACUGCUGACGUCUGGGAUGAUCCGACAUUCCGGGCAUUCAUGGCUGUCACAGUGCACUACUGUACUAGGGACGAGAACCUUAGGCUUCGCAUCCAGUCAAAGCUCCUCGCGUUUCGAUUGGUUGAGGGAUCCCAUGAUGGUC